AUGAAUAACAUCAACACAAAUAACGUCCAGAUGCAAAACGCAGAAUACGCUCUUCACCUAAACCUUCUCAACAGUGAUACUGGCAGUGAAAAUGGCAAUCAACAAGCUACCACGCCUAUAUUCACCACUCCCCUCUGCAACGAAAUCGGUCAGUAUGGAUUGAUAGCUGGACAGUCAAGCAUUCUUGCCAACGAAAACGGAAAGCAAGACCCUCGUCUUUUCUACAACAUAGCGGCGCCGUUCAGUUCUUUCAUAUGUGGCUCUCAAGGUUCCGGAAAGUCUCAUACCUUAUCAUGCUUUCUGGAGAACUGUCUUGCAAAGUCUGUUGUUAGCAAGGUGAAAAAUCCCUUGUCCGCUUUACUGUUCCAUUACGAUGGGUUCAUUGGCGAUAUAAAGGGUACCCCUUGCGAGGCUGCUUACUUGGCAAGCAACCCGGAUAUAAAAGUUCGAGUUUUAUGUUCGCCGACAAAUUUCAAAACCAUACAACGCACAUAUGGUGGUAUGAAUGUCAAAAUCUCACAAUUGUGCAUCGAUCAAACUGACCUCACGACACAACGCAUGUUUGAUCUGAUGGCAGUCAAUCCAAAAGAAGAAUUGCCACUUUAUCUUCAUAGUAUUGGCCGCGUGUUACGAGUUCUCCGCAUGGCACAUCAAAUUAGUGGACGACCUUUUCAUUACGGGGAAUUCAAAAAACAUAUCGAGGCUCUUAAAUUGACAACUAGUCAAGAAGGACCGCUGUCACAAAGAUUGGAUACGUUAGAAAGCUUCAUGCCACUUGCACAGAGGGGAUCUGGUUCUCCUUUUCCUGUUAAGAGAGGGAGUGGAACUGAUUGGAGAAUCAAGGUCUUGAAACCUCCCUACCGAGAACUUACCAUCGUUGAUCUUUCAUGUCCUUGUGUAACUGCCGAGGCAGCGUCUUCGCUCUUCAACAUUUGUCUCUCAUUAUUCCUUGAAGAGAAAUCCAAGAUAGGGAAAGUUGUUGCUCUGGAUGAAGCACAUAAGUACAUGUCGGCAAGCACAGGGGACCCAUUGACAAACAAUUUGCUAUCAACCAUUCGACUUCAGCGUCAUCUUGGCACACGAGUAUUCAUCUCGACGCAAGAGCCGACCAUUUCCCCCGCUCUGAUUGACUUGUGCUCCAUGACCAUUGUUCAUCGCUUUUCCAGCCCAGAAUGGCUCAGGGUCCUUCGUCAACAUGUUGCCGCACUCUAUAACUCGGGGUCCAAUCCUGAGGACGAUUAUUUGGUGAAAGGAAAUGUGUUCAAGGAAAUCGUAAGGCUACAAGUGGGUGAAGCUUUAUUGUUUGCACCAGAAGCAGUGAUUGGUACUGGGAGUGAUCAUCACCAUAGCAGCAGAUUACUACAUGGUGACAUACCCAUUGAGUCCACAGCUGGAUUGUACGUCGAGAGGGAGAGUGGUGACUCGGUGACAAGGAAGCGAAAUGGGAAGGACAUUGAAACCGAUGAUGACAUUGAUGGACAAGCAUUAAGAAAAUUGGGUACAGAUUACAUCAAGAUGAAAGUGCGGGGAAGGCUCACCAAUGAUGGUGGAAGGAGUGUUCUGGCUGCUUAA